CUUUAAGCAUAUUUUCAGGCAAGUGUGGAGGCAAUGUUGAAGACAGCAAUGCAGAGCCAGCUGGAUGGUGUCAGGACGGGUUUAAACCAACUUGAGAAGGCUCUGAUAGAUAUUAAGGAUAUCAAGGAGUGUAUGGUAGAGAUGGAGUCUGCUCUGGAGAUAGUUCCUGAUCUUCAUCAAGCUCUUGGAGAGGUUAGGGAGGAGAACCUUAGACACAGUCAGCUAGCUACAGCAAGAGAGAAUUUGAAGCAUAUAUUUACUGUACCAGAGACUGUUGCACGAACAGAGCAGAGUAUUGUAGAGGGAAGAUUAUUACAGGCUCACCAGUCCCUGGUGGACCUAGAGAACUCAAGGGAUGAUUUACUCUUCGAAUUACAUAGGNUAUACAAUGAACUAGUAACAGCACUCAGAAUAAUUGAACGAGAGGAGAAGGCUGAUGAAGAUUGUUUACUUAGACAGAAGCAAACCGGUUUUUUGCCUCCAGGUCGACCCAAGAAGCUCCGAGAUCGAUGUAUGGCCCGGCUUCGUGAAAGCAUAAACCAGAAAAUCGAGGCCAAUCAGCUGGACAUAAGGGAGGAGAACAAGAUGUGGCUGGUCCGCCAUCUUGAAGUUAUCAGAAUGAUAAUGCUCGAGGAUUUACGGAUUGCGAAACAUCACUUGGUGGCAUGUUUUCCGCCAAAAUACAAUAUAUUCCAGUACACUGUAUCCUUGUAUCAUACUGAGGUUGCAGAUCGUCUUCAUACAAUAAUAGCAGAGGGUUUAGAAGGACAAGAGUAUGUUUCCCUUCUACAGUGGGUGGAACAAACCUAUCCAGGCCCUGAGUUGAUGGGAUCUAGCUCCCUUGGAAUGAAUAAGAACCUGAUACCUCCACUCCUGAACGAGGAGGUAGUGGAGAAACUAAUGAACUCCUAUAUGGAACAGAUGAGAACAAAUUACUCUUCCUGGAUGAGGAACGCAAUAGGACUGGAGAAAGAGGAUUGGACCUCAGAUAGAAAUCCAGAGGAGGAUAUGGACGGAUAUUUUACUACUGCAAGUCCUGUAACUAUCUAUCAAAUGGUUGAUGAAAAUCUACAGGUAUCUGCUACUAUCAGUCCUCAGCUAGUUCACAAGGUUCUACUGUUGGGUAUAGAACAAGUUACACACUUUGGAAAUCUGUACAAGGAAUAUUUAUGUACUCAUGAACUUGAAAUAAUGAAGGGCACAUUGAUUCAACAAAAAGUAUCACCCAAUGAGGCUGGAGAAUUGAUAGGAAUGAUGAAUUUGGAAGGUCAUCAUGAUAAUCAGGCAGCAGCUAAGUUUGAACUUCUCCUCAGAACAUUCCAGUUGAUACGUGAGGAUAGUGUAUGUUAUCUGCUGGACGAGGCCUUCCUAGAUAUAGAAGCUUAUUUCUCGGAGCUGCUGACGUCAAAGUGGCAAACUGGGUCUCAGGCGAUAGAGACCAUUUGUGCUACGCUUAAGGACUAUUUCGAGGAUUAUCAAUUCUUAAAACCAAAAAAUUUCGAACUUGUGAUAACCGAGGCUCAGAACAGAGUAGCCAGAAAAUAUAUAACCUCCAUGCUGCAGAACAAUGUACUUCGACGAAAGAUCUCCUUCACUAACGACCAGGAAAGGAAAACAGCUGCUGUCAAGAUUAAACACGAAGCGAUGAACUGCAAAGCAUUUUUUCUCGACGUUGCCGGAGGAAUGGCGGAAUAUGAUUCUCCGUUUGAUACCUUGGCCACUCUUGCAGAGGUUCUAUCAUCAGAUGAUGAGAUGAUAACACUAGAGUUGGAACNUCUAUCUAGGUAUCCUGAUGUGUCACAUGAACAGUUGUUUUGUCUUCUCCUACUUAGGGGUGAUCUUAACAGGAGUGAUGCCAAGACACUAGCAGGAGAGUUUGUAGCUGAAACUGGGAGUAAUAAACCUCUUCAUGCUAAAUCUAUUUUAUCCCAGGUGAUGGUGUCUUCUAGUGUUACUCUUAAUCCAUUCUCAACGUAAAAAU